AUGGAUUUCAAUAGAAGAGAUUCUGAUGUUGAACCAUUAAUAACACAUAUAACAAGAAAUUUUAGUACACAAUUUGGUGGAAGAACAUACUCUACAAGUAGUCUUGAUCCAUAUGAAGAUCCAGCAACAGGAUUAGAAAGAAUUUCAAAUUCUUACACAGAUUUAGGAUCAUUAAAUAGACGUCUUCGUCAACAACAAUCAAUUCGAAAUAAUGAUCCAAAUCAAUCAACAGAUGAAGAAGAGGAAGAAGCAAUAUCAGCAAAGUAUGAAUCUAUAAAUUAUGAGAUGAUGGAUAAUAAAAUAUAUAGAAAUGAGGAAUCUCAACCAAAUUAUCAAACUAAACUUUUUUGGGAACAAGCCAAUAGAUGGUUUGCAUGUUUCUUAAUUGGUAUAAUAACGGCUGGUGUUGCUAUUGUUGUUGAUUUAUUAAUUUAUUACUCGGGACAAAUUAAAUUUAGAUUCCUAAUUAAUAAUCUUCUUAAUUUAUGUGAUCAAAAAAAUCUUCAAGGUGGUGGUUGUAUGUGGAUUGUACUUAUGGCAUGGGCUUUAUAUAAUUGUGGUUUAGUUUUUAUUGCUUCAUGUCUUGUUAUUUACCUAUCACCAAUAGCUGCUGGUAGUGGUAUACCACAAAUAAAAUGUUUUUUAAAUGGUGUUCAGAUACCAGGUGUAGUUAAAUUAAAAACACUUUUUGUUAAAGUUAUUGGAGUUGCUUGUUCUGUUGGAGGUGGUUUGGCUGCUGGAAAAGAGGGACCUAUGAUUCAUUCUGGUGGUGUUGUUGCUGCUGGUAUUAGUCAAGGCCGCUGUAAAACAUUUCCAUUUGAUUUUAAAAUAUUUGAAUAUUUUAGAAAUGAUAGAGAAAAAAGAGAUUUUGUUAGUGCUGGUGCUGCUGCCGGUGUUGCAGCAGCUUUUGGUGCACCUAUUGGUGGUGUUCUUUUUUCACUUGAGGAGGGUGCUUCUUUCUGGAAUCAAGCAUUGACUUGGAGAAUGGUUUUCACUGCUAUGAUUAGUUCUUUUACCGUUAAUGUAGUUUUAUCAAUAUUUUAUGGACAAUCAGGAGCAUUAUCAUGGCAGGGUUUGGCUAAUUUUGGUGUUUUCAAAGAUACUUCAUACAAUAUAUGGGAAAUACCAUUUUUUUUAAUUAUUGCUGUUAUUGGUGGUAUUUUUGGUUCAUUAUUUGUACACUUAAAUGUAAUGUUAACAAAAUUUCGUAAUAGAUAUCUUAAAUCAAAAUUUCAAAAAAUUGCUGAAUGUCUUAUUGUUGCUGGGGCAUCAGCUUUCUGUGGAUUUGUUACAUUAUUCUUGGUAGAUGAUUGUCAACCAAUUGGUGUUAAUCCAAAUUUAACUGAAAUGACUAAAUUAUGGUGUAGUAAGGGAAAAUAUUCAGCUGUAGCUAAUUUAUUUUUUCAAAAUCCUGAAGAAAAUGUAAAAUCUUUGUUUCAUUCUCCUGUUAAUAGUUUUAAACCAUUAACAUUAUUAAUAUUUUCUAUUGAAUAUUAUAUUUUAACUUUGUGGACUUAUGGUCUCAGUGUUCCAAGUGGCAUUUUUAUACCAUGUCUUUUGACAGGUGCAGCAUGGGGAAGAUUAUUUGGUAUUGGUGUUGAGAUGUUAUUUCCUAAUUUAACUGGUAUUGAUCCUGGUAAAUAUGCUCUUGCUGGAGCUGCAGCAAUGUUAGGUGGAGUUGUUAGAAUGACAAUAUCUUUAACAGCUAUUAUUGUUGAAGCAACAAAAGAUAUAACUUUUGGCUUACCUAUUAUGUUAGUUUUAAUGAUAACUAAAUGGGUUGGAGAUUUUUUUAAUGAAGGAAUAUAUGAUGCUCAUAUAGAAUUAAAUGGUAUUCCUAUUCUUGGUUGGGAACCACCAAAAUUAUCAAGAAAUAAGUUAGCUGAAGAAAUUAUGAGACCUGAUGUUGUUGCUGUACAAAAAAAAGAAAAAGUUAAAAGACUUCUUGAAAUAUUAAAAACAACUUCGCAUCAUGGUUUUCCUGUUCUUAAUCGUAUUGAUCCAGGUUUAAAUAGAUAUGAUUUACCAUGUUAUGGUAAUGUUGAAGGCUUGGUCUUAAGAACACAUAUAAAAAUAAUUUUAGCAAAAAAACACUUUUACAAAGAUUAUGGUUGUACUGUCUUAACAAAUGGAGCUGAAAAAAUAAAUUUAAAAGAUUUAUCAGAUGAGUAUAGUCAUAAUCGUUUUGAUAUUAACAAGUUAAAACUUAGUCGUCGUGAAGAAGAAUGUUAUGUAGACUUUAGUGAUGUUAUGCAUUCAUCACCCCACCGGGUACCAAUAAACGCUUCACUAGAGACAAUCUUCAGAUUGUUCCGAGGCCUUGGUUUAAGAUAUUUAUUGGUUGUCGAUAAAACAAACAAAUUACGUGGUAUAAUAACAAGGAAAGAUGUAGCGAGAUUCAGAGAUAAACGAAUUAAAAAUAAAUAUUCCUUACAUGAAAGAAGAAUUUUAACAUAA